AUGGAGUUUUCGGACUUGAAUAUUGACGAAAGGAUUGAGAGGGGACUCAGAGAAAACGGGUUUGUUGCAAUGAAGGAAAUCCAGCAGAGGGUUAUUCCUGCGGCGCUUGAGGGGAGCAACAUAAUUGGGUCGUCCCAGACGGGAAGCGGCAAGACUCUUGCUUUUGUUGUUCCUGUUUUGCAGAAGCUGACCGACCUCCAGUGGCGGGGGGAGGACGGCCUUGGAUGUGUGAUAAUCACGCCAACGCGCGAGCUUGCAUUGCAGAUAUUUGGUGUUCUUAGUCGGGUUGGAAGAUACACGGCGCUGAACACCGGGCUGAUUAUGGGCGGUGUUGAGGCGGAGGAUGAGUCUCUGAAGGUAAGCAACAUGAGUAUUCUUGUGUGCACGCCUGGAAGGCUCCUCCAGCACCUUCAGGAGAACCCUUGCAUAAAGGCGGACAACGUCCAGAUGCUGGUUCUUGACGAAGCAGACAAAAUGAUUGAGAUGGGGUUUAAGGAGAUUCUGGAGGACAUACUUGAGUACAUUCCCUCCAAGAAGCAGACCCUGUUGUUUUCAGCAACGCCAAAGGCCUCGACAGCUAGAAUACUGAGGAUGGAGGAUCCGAAGAUCAUAUCCAUAUACAAGGAGGAGGGGUUUCCGUCGAGGCUGAGGCAGUACUUCUAUAUGAUGAGGAUAGAAGACAAGGCCAACUAUUUGCACACGUUUAUCAGAGGCAAUCCGGAAAUGAAAGGGAUUGUGUUCUUCAGCACCUGCAAGGAGGUCAAGUUCCAUUAUCUCUUGUUUGAGAAACUCAAGCUUCGUAACCGGGUCUUCUGUCUCAGCGGGGGGAUUUCUCAGAAGCAGAGGGUGGAUACGUUCAAGCGGUUUGUGAAGGAGAAGAACGGGCUUCUGUUUUGCACAGACCUGGGGUCCAGGGGGCUUGACUUUCCGAAGGUUGAUGUGGUUAUACAGUACGAUUGCCCGUGUAACAUUGAAACAUAUGUCCAUCGUGUGGGAAGAACAGCCAGGAACAACGAGGGCGGAGAGUCGUAUGUAUAUCUUGUUUAUGGAGAGGAGAAGCUUCUUGGAGACAUUCAAAAGAAAGGAUGGAUUAAGAGCCAGGAGACCAGGGACAAAAAGCCGGAAGAUGAAAGCAUUUCUGAGGAGAUCCAAGAGGGCCCGAGGGUCCAGAUCAGAAGCAUCGAUAAGAUGGUAAAGGGACUUGUGAAGUCAAGCAAGGAGCUCAACGAGUACUGCAGAAAGUAUCUUGUGACAUAUGAAAAGUUCCUUAACUUCAGUAGCAAGAGAUAUUCUGAGGGCACAUUGAGAAAGAUUCCGGCAUUAUAUGAAUACUUUGGAGUCUCGAGAGAUUAG